GGACACCUUUUGAUUGGAUUUUAUCUUUGCCACUCGCCGCAAAUAGGUUUGCUCAAGUGCUGGUCAAAGAAGAAAGCCCACCAAUAAUGGCCGAGACACCGACCCAGCAGAGUCCAAUACGUCCGUCUGCAAUGGGUCAAUCGCCACGCAGCAGCAGCAACUCAGUGCAGCGGCAAAACGGCUUCGAGCGACCGUUCUCGCGCGACCAGGUGAUCUCUUGGAUCGGCCACUCGCUCUCGGCGCUGUGUUUCUUCAUCGGAGCGACAGGCAUCUACUUGUGCACAGGCGAAGGAGGCGUGGAGGAAGAACACACCAGUACUACUGUCACCACACUGACGCUCGUGACUAUUGGACUGCAUGUAGUGAACUCAAUGAUCCUCGUGACAGCCUGGAGAUCCUGCGAGACUAUCGACCCUGCUGCACCAGUGGAAGACUCGCUGCCCAAUGGCUGGUGCGGCGUGCGACUGAAUGGCCCACGAUGGGAGAAAACUCGGUACUGCGCACUAUGUCGGAAGCCGGUGCCUGGACUCGACCACCACUGCACAUGGCUACAGACGUGUAUCGGCAAGAAUAACUACGCCCAAUUUUUUACAGUGGCUUGUACAGGCACACUGCAAUUCGUGCUACAGGUGGCGUACGCAGCGCUGAGUCUUCUAUGGCUUCACUACCACCCACUAGAUGACGCAGGAGGGUUCGGCUACGUAGUGGAAGGCUGCUUGAUCGUGUGCUUGAUGAUCUCCGUCCCGUGCAUGUUCAUGUACUUCGUUCUAGUGGGUUUCCACGUUUGGCUCAUGAUACUGGGCUACGGCACGUACGAGUGGAUGCUACGACGUCGCAAGCAGCAACGCGCCAAGUUGGAAGCCAAGAAGAAGAAAACCGGCAGCAACGACGAGAUGAGCUCCACCAGCACCGUGUCAGUAGAAAGUAGCCACACAGUCGUCAAAGUGGACGAUGUCAAACUCGAAGAACGGGACCGAGAGCUCACUGUCCUGUAAUCCCUCGAUCAACUGUACCAAUAAAUAGUGAAUCCAACAAAUAGGAAGCAAAUGCUACCCCCGCUCAGUAUGAGAGCAGCAAGGAAUACUCCCUCUCUCUAUUGUAUGAUGC